GAUCUAGCAAAGAAAGAAAUCAGAGCAUCAUGGCAGGGAUCAUGGAGAAAAUAGGCGAGAAGCUCCACAUCGGAGGAGACCACAAGGGGGAGCACAAGGGCGAGCACCACGAGAAGGACAAGCACGAGCACGAGAAGAAGCACGGCGAGAAGUCAGAGCACCAUGGGGAAGGGCACAAGGAAGGCCUGAUGGAGAAGAUCAAGGACAAGAUCCAUGGGGAUCACCACGAUGAGAAGGGUGAGAAGAAGAAGAAGAAGGAGAAGAAGAAGAAGGGCGAGCACCACGAGGGCGGCCACAGCAGCAGCAGCGACAGCGACAGCGACUGAUCUCAUCCUCUGUUUCUGCGUCUGUCUCUGUCUGUCUCUCUAGUUUCCUUUCAAUAACAUCAAUAUCUAAUCUUUGUGUUUCUCCGGACUUGUAAUAUCCAGUGCGCUAUAUUAUAAUAAAACCCUCCUCGUCUUUCUAAUUU